AUGUCCUUUGGAGGUGGCUUCAGCGGCUUCGGCGCGGCCAACAACACCAAUAAACCCGCGACGCCUACACAACCAGCUGCUGGUGGUUUCAGCUUUGGCAACAACGCCUCUACCCCAGCAGCCUCCGGCAGCGCUGCUCCAUCUACUACACCAGCCUUCUCCUUUGGUGGCACGGCAGGCGCUGCUGCACCUAAGCCUGCUGGAGGAUUCUCUUUUGGCAACACAGCCUCGACACCUGCUGCUCAGAGCUCACCAGCGCCAGCCCCAGCGGCUGGAGGCUUCUCGUUCGGAUCUACACCUGCUAACGCAAGUAGCACUGCGCCAAAGACGGGUGGCUUCUCAUUCGGUGCAGCUCCAUCGUCUUCAGCUGCCCCAUCUUUCGGCGGCGGCAGCACUACGCCAGCUCAUCCACCACCUACCAACCUCUUUGGAGGCGGAGGAGCAGCGGCAGGGACAAGCAGUAGUGGUACCAGCUCGGGCUUCAGUUUCGGAAAGCCUGCUGAUAGCAAGCCAGCCGCUGCUCCUGCCGCGCCUGCUGGUGGCAGUCUUUUUGGAGGUGCGAGCAAGCCUGCUGCUGGAGGCUUCUCCUUUGGACAGCCAGCUGGUACAUCCGCUGCUUCCGGUACAGCGACAACGUCAGCUCCUGCUCCUGCUGCCCCAAGCACCAGCCUCUUUGGCAAGCCUGCAGCUACUGCGACUCCCCCUGCAUCAUCCACCUCGGCAGCAAGCGGCGGGUUCAGCCUUGGCGGUUUCAAGCCUCCCGGUCAGACAGGCAACGACGCUAGCAAAACCGCUUCAGCUCCCACAGGCGACGCUGCUCCAUCACAACCAGCCGCCGCACCUGCCGCUAGUGGCUUCUCAUUUGGAAAGCCGGCAGAGAAGAAAGACGAAGCUGCAAAGCCUCCAGCAGCCGGAGGCUUCUCGUUCGGGGGCCCACCAGCAGAGAAGAAGGAAGAGGCUGCAAAGGCUCCUGCGACCGGGGGCUUCUCUUUUGGCAAGCCAGCUGAGAAGAAGGAUGAGCCAGCAAAGCCUGCUGCUCCCAGUGGAUUCUCUCUAGGAGCAGCGCAGGGCUCCUCAAGUGCAGCCGGCGAGAAAAAGGAUGCUACUGCAACACCUCAGGCUCCCCUCUUCGGCGCUAAGCCUGCUGCUUCCACUUCCACCAGCACGACGACUGCUCCUGCUGCAGCUCCCGCUACUUCCUCCGCGACGCAGACGCAGCCUGGUAGCAACAGUACUGCCGCAAAUGCCAGUACCUCCGUCCAGCCCCUUCCUGCCCCCUCCCUUCUACGCGGUCGCACAAUGGACGAGAUCAUCUCCACAUGGACAAGUUCCCUCAACACCUCUGUCGCCUCGUUCUCCAAGCUGGCCGGCGAAAUCGUCGUCUGGGACAACCUAUUGCGGCAAUCUGGGUCUGAGAUCUCUUUACUGCUCGCCAGUCUGGCUCGGGCAGAGGAGAAUCAGAGUAAAGUCAGUCAGCUGCUAGACUAUAUCGAGCGUCAGCAGGAUGAUUUGGAAAGCUUGUUGGAGGGGUACGAGAAGCAAGUGGAUGAACUCAGGGAGGCGGCCCUUGGUGGUGGAGAGAGUGGGAUGGGCGGAUAUUUGGGUGGUGCGAGGAAAGGUCUCAAGGGGGGUGAAGUGGAGCGCGAGAGAAUGUACUCCCUCGCCGAGUCUCUCGAUUCCCAGCUCUCCUCCCUCUCAACGAACCUCACCUCUAUGAUCAUCGAGAUCAACACUUCUCUCUCCUCCACACAACAAUCUAGCAAAUCCUCCACCGCAGGAGGAGGAGCUGCAACUGCUUUUCCUUCACUUCCAGGAUCUGGAGCCGGAGGAGGAGGAGGGGGAAGUGAUGAAGAUCCCGUGCAGCAGAUCUUGGUCAUUCUCAAUGCGCACCUCAACUCAUUGAGAUGGAUCGACUCGGCGGUAAAGAGCUUGAGGGGACGGAUUGCUGCUUUGCGGAGGGGAAAAUUGGAGUAGCGAAUAAGAGGAGCAGUACGAGGAUGUGGGGAGGGCAGUGAGCAAGCAGGGGGAAAACAUAGCGCAAGAUAUACGCAAGCCGAGGA